AUGGAACAGGCUUUAAAAGAGGAGUCUCGGGACUCUUCUUUGGGCAUAAGUCACCUCAAACACUACACUGACCGUAAGUUAGUUCAGCACGACCCUCAGCCCGGAAGAUUGGGUGAUGAUGUCAGCUGGCGACCUUCCAAAUCACUGCUGCUACCGAGCCAUGAUGUGCUAAUGACAUGGGGAAUUUAUUGUAUCGCUAUUGCGUCGGUAUCUGGAUCAACCUCAAUUGCUAUUUACUCUUCUGCCGAAUACUAAAUGCCAUCUCAUAUCAAGGCCAUUUUGGAAACCUUACCCCUCUCCACUCUUCGUCUACAAAUUACAACCCUACUGACUUUUUCUUCAGUAACCCAGUCGCUUUUCCGCCGCAUGUGAACCCUAGUCUGUCCUAAAUGCUUCUCAGUGAUCAGCCGCAUGAAAUAUCAACUAAAAUUCUAAACUGCUAUUUUGGUCCGAAGGAUUUGCCUAAGUGAGUUUGUAAUAUUAAUUGCCAUUCGGCAUAUUCCCAAGGUAUUGCAGUCAGGCUGGGAUGUUGGUCUUUGAAUGCUUUUCUUUUUGACGGGCUGCAGAAACCACCCUCGGUAAAAAUGAUUGUUUUAAUAACAUAAUUUUUCAUUUGAUUGUAGAUGCUCCUAUGGAGUCAAUUUUUAUUUGAUAGAAAACGUGUUCAGGAAUAUACUUCCUUCUGCUUAUUUGGCAGCAGAUCACGUCUUUCGAGUAUAAAUACUCGAACAAGUUUAACAUUUAGGUUUUAAGAAAGUUUUUCAAUGCCCAUAUACUUUUGUUCCCUAUUUGCCGUUAGAUUUGAGUCCAGAUUUCACGGUCCAAAAUUGUAUACUUUCCAUGCAGGGAGAAUCAUAGAUUCCCCUGGGCCAUUAAGAAAUCAUCGUAUAGGGCUCAUAAAUGUCGCAAGAGAAUUGAACCGCGUUGUAUACCUUGUAAGGAGCACUACUAAGCGGACAGAUACGAUGUCACGUAAAUGGACAUGUCAUGUUCUAAAAAAAUUCAUAACUGCAAACUUUUAAAGCCCAAAGACAAUCUUUCUCUGAGUAAAAAGUCAGAUGGAGACGUGGUUUACCACCAAAUAAGCUCAAGGAACUGCACUUUUGAACGCGUUUUCUACUAAGUACGUGUUCACUUACAAGAGCACCCAACGUCAGUGGAAGCUUCUCACUACUUAAGUAGUCAUUCUUUACCAAGCAUGGCUUCUGCAGCCGGUCUAAAAGAAGAACAUUCAAAAGCCAAUAUCCUGGCGUGACUGGGAUAUCUUGGGAUUAUGCUGCCCGAUAAUAAAUAUUACGACUCAACUUAAGUAAUCCUUACUAAUCAGAAACGCAUUUCAGAAUUUCAUGGGAUUGGUCAUUGACCAUAGCCUGAAAAUAGAGCUACUGGCCUGCUGAUAUGCUAUAUAGAGCGUUUGUUUCUCAACUUGUGUUUUAGUGUUGAAGUCCAAUUAUCCUCUACAUAGUCAGCACUCUUGACGUCUUUCGGCAACGGUAGGGUGAAGGACCCCACUUACAGUAGGUGGGCUAACUCAUGAAAUCUCAAUAGAAAUUCCAAAGUGCGUUUCCGUUUCGAAAAGAUUCAUUAAGUAGGGUUGUAAAACUAACCAUCAUGUAGCAUAACUCCACAGUAAUUCAGUUACCCCAGGACGCCGGCUUUCGAACAAACUUCUUCCUGGCUGUAUCCAAAAACCAGGCUCUAUAAAAAAUGACUACUUAUGUGGCAUGCAUUUUUUCAUUGAUUUUCGAUGCCUUCCAAAAUUCAAUUAUAUUUCAUGGAAAACAUGAAAAAUAUAUUCAUUCUUUCGCUCAUUCAGUAGAAAAUUACGUCUUCUUUUACUUUUACACUCGAAGGAGGGGUAUAAUUCGGUUUUAAAAAAGUUUCUAAGUGUGAGAUUUUUUAAUACCGUGAAAUGACCCUUCAUAAAACGUCCUGUCUCUGCAUUUACCAAUGUGGCUUCUAAAGUUAACAAUAUGGAUCAAAUCCACGGUUUAAUUUUAUGAACCCUAUAUGGUCCCUCUUUAUUACCGUAGAGAGAUGUGUGGUUUUCCGUACGCGGAAAAUAUACGGCUUGUAGUUUGGAAGCCCUGAAUGCAAGUGUAACAGCAGGUUGGGUUCAAAAUUAUUCGGAAAUUCGAAAAGUUUUAUAAAGCCAAAUUAUAACCUUCCUUCGAGUGUAAAAUUAAAAGAAGACGUAAUUUUUACCGAAUGGGCAAAAGAAUGCAUAUUUUUGUGUAUGUUUUCCAUGAAAUAUAAUUGAAUUUUUAAGGGCAUCGAAAAUCAAUGAGAAAAAUGCAUGCCACAUAGGUAGUCAUUUUUUACAGAGCUUGGUUUUUGGAUGAAGCCAAAAAGAAGUUUGUUCGAAAGCUGGCGUCCUGGGGUAACUGAAUUAUUAUAUAAUUAUGCUGCAGGAUGAUUAGUUUUACAACUCCACUUAAUGAAUCUUUUCGAAACGAAAACGCAUUUCGGAAUUUCUGUCAAGAUUUCAUGAGUUAGCCCACUUACUGUAACUAUGGGUAUACUGUGCAUCGGGUCAUACGCGAAUUAUGGUAAUGAGAGGGGGUUACGUGUGGGCAACAUGACGGACAGCAAGUUGACUGAACGCGGAAAAACAUAGAAGACGGUAGGUGACACAAACGACAUUGCCGAGUAAAAUUAUGGAUGUAUGCGAGUAGGGUAUCAAGCUGGAUAUUCCAUGGCAUUCUACCCUGAAAGAGCGCCUGACCAUCGAAUAACUGAGCCUACUCCCUGGCAGACGCUUCUGUCAUCCCUCAAUUCAUGCCCAGUUGAUCUGUGUCUUUUUUGUUUCUCCGAUCUUGGUUACAACUGCUCGUCAUCAGUACUUAACUAGAUUUCGCAUGUAACCACAUUAAAACAAGAUCCAAGGCUACCAACAGCUACUUGGGGUCCUUCAUCAUACCGUUGCCAGUCUUCUUUCUGUCGCUAUUCGACGUUUCUUUUGACCUUUUAGUAGAGCCGUUGUUUGAGAACUAAACUUGAUAGUCUUCAGCACUUUCACAGCUUACUAGUUUUGUAAACGGAGCAUGCGCAGCUUCGAAGUUCAGUUGCAAACGCUAUUAUGGUUAUGUCUGCGGGCCUGUCCUUGGACUUCGAUAGCGGACGAAAAGCCUCACAGGAAUCAAAUUACCAAAAAGAAACUGGAACACUACUAACAGCUCGACACACUGACGCUAAAAUAUAGGAUGUCGAUUAUUUGGAUUAGACAGCUGCUUCCCCCUGUCGGCUGAGAGUUCCUGUCGUCUGCAUAUUUUUCGUCUGUCAGCUUGAAUUUCGUAAUGGAAGUAAUGACAGUAAUGGAAGGUGACGUAGAUAGGGGGAAGAAUCAAUGCCUUCGCGUGCGUGCGUGUAGCGAGUAAUAGCGAUCAAUAGGGCGAUCCCACGCUAUUUGUGAGUCGUUAACGCAACCAGUUGGGCAGUAAGCCUCUCGAUGCUAUCCACGCCAGCAAGAGGCGAAGAAGAUUCCGCCAUCAACUUGGCACUAACGAUCGAAGUCGAAACCUACACUAGCUUUGGAGUGCACCGCGUAAGGGUUAGUAAACAUCAACCUAAAUUAAAUUUAAUAAGGAGGAUAAGACCUAGUAGACGGGAUAACUGGAAAAAAAGCUUGCACAAAUAAAAGGCAUGACGGAAUGGGGGCAACUGUUUGAAUUCCAGGUGUCCGUGUGAGUAAGGAAGUAGAAGAAGAAGAAGAAGAAGAAGAAGAAGAAGAAGAAGAAGAAGAAGAAGAAGACUGGUCGGGUUCCGAAAGCAUUUGUUCACUUGUCUGAGCCUUCAAAAUCACGCAGGGGUCCAUCGUCAGAGAUAAAAGUAGCAACAAAACAGGCAACAACUGUAGGGCGGUUUUGCCAAUCAAUGAUCAGGGACGCAGACGUGGAAGUGGGCGCGCAGGGCACUGUAUGCCAGCGACAAGUCGAUACAUCGGUCGACCGAGUUCACACCCAAGGUCCAGGCCCCACCUGAUUCUCGACUUGUAUUGCGUCUGGUGUUGGUGACUACCCUGGUGGCUGCAAAUCUAUACUCCUGACCGGUUUCCAAGGCUAAGACAGCCACCUGCGAUAACCCUUCACCCCAUCGCACAACCAGCUUAUGCUCCUGCAUGCGCGAUACGAGCAUGCGCUCACUCUGACUGGUGUAACUCUAAGGACAGUUAAGACACGAGAUGUGAUAUACUAUACACCCUGUUCACUGGGAUUUAAGCGAUCUUUGAUUUUCAUGACGUUCAUUUGCAUCCUACUUUGUUUGUGUUCAGUCCUCAUAAGGAGACCGACUGUUCUCAGCGCUAAUGGUCUGCCUUACCCCGUCAGACAGAUGCUCUGAAAUUUUGUGACUCUGCCAGCGGUCUUUCGGUGUGGAGAUUGAUGGGCCGUCCGCAUACUCAGUUCCCGUUCGGAAAUCCCUACCAUAAAUCAUACAAAUUUAGAAGAAAUAAACACAUUGGUAACUGGUAAUCCGAGUCAUCCAUUGGCGGGGGUUGGGGUAUAAGUGCGUGUUGUUAUGGUGGUGGUGGUGGCGGCGGCAGCGGCGGUGGUGGUGGUGAUGAUGAUGAUGAUGAUGAUGAUGAUGCUACUGCUACUGCUGCUGCUGCUGCUGCUGAUGAUGAUGAUGAUGAUGAUGAUGAUGAUGAUGAUGAUGAUGAUGAUGAUGAUGAUGAUGAUGAUGGAGGAGGAGGAGGAGGAGGAGGAAAAUGUGAAGAAAAAGUGCAAGAAAGAGGGAAAAUAUCUAAUCUUAUAGCCAGAAAAGGGUAAGAUGAUAGUUGGUAGCCGUGCCCACAGACUCCACAAUGGUACCUACUGGAUCGAUUUCAGUAGCUUUAAUUGCGUUCCCAUUAUGCUUUUAAAUUCACGCGCACGCUGUAUUACCUGUAUCAUAUUCAUUUUAGAAGUACUAUCCUGGGCAGAUAUGCACCGCUAACGAUUCAAAUGAGGCUUACCAUAUGUCAAAUUUCAUUAGAAGAGGCAGUUGGCAACCGUGCCCACAUAAUCCAUAAUUGUACCUACUGGCUUGAUUUAAGUAGCUAUGAUUACUUUCUCAUUAUUCUUUUAAAUUUGCAUGCGUGCUGUAUUACCUGUACCAGGUUCAUUGUGGAGGUACUAUCCUGGGCACAGGUAACGAUGACAAUGAGGCUUUCCUUACAUCAACUUUCAUAAGAAGAGGUAGCUCUUGACUGUCUCAUUCAUUGUAGAGGUACUAUCUUAGGCGGAAUGGCACCGGUAACGAUGCCAAUGACGCUUACCCCUUUAUCAGCUUUCAUUAGCAGAAGUAGCUUUCGACUGCCUCAUUAUUUGCGGAUUUUCUCUUCCGCCCAAACCAAUUUUUUCGCAUAAAAGUCUUACCCGGCUUGCGUUGUGGCGUUCCGUGUGCCGCUGCUUGACUCUCAUGUCCUUCUGUCCAUUAUGUUGGAUGGAGUUCUAUCGCUUACACUGCGGAAUGACCUUCGGACCAGUUGCCUUCUUCCCAUUGGUUGUUCGCCUUCACUUGCUUUUCUUUCCAAUCUGAGGCUAGGAUGCAUUUAUUCCACACACCGUUCAAAGUCUCCUUGCUCAUUUCUAUACCUUCCUUGUAUUUUUCACCGAAUCUAAAUUAGGCUUCCACUUUACCAGGAGUGUCAAUUCCUAGCAUAUACUACAGUCGCCAUUUACCCGUCCACUCAAUUGUCCCACCCGUAUAGCCCCUAUUACCACCGGUCCCGAUUGACAGGCAGCUGGGAGUUUGUGGUGUCAGGAGGGCUACCAACUAUCAUCUAACCCAGAAAAGUAUUCUUUUGAACACUGGGACUCGUACAGAGCUCCUUCCCCUAAUAUAAAAAGGCAGUUGCAGGAAGGUUGUAUUUACAGACUCUUGCAGACUCAGUAGUCUUACUGCGGUGGCCAAAGCCACAGGCCGCAACAACCUUCAGAUCCGGUCCUGAAAAGAAAGAGGAAAAGCUGAACGCCAGUUGAGAGAGCAAUGCAUUCUCUACCGAAUGAAUGGUGGGAGCAGGUUGGCGACUGUACGAGAGGCAAACAUCCGCUGUCGCCGAAGCGGGUGGCGAGGUUCUACUGGGAUGGUCAUCCGAGUGCCUUGAGCGAGGGCAUACUUGCAUCAGCCUAGAGGUUAAUUGGCCGGUUUGCAUAGCUAUGAUUGGUCGAAACGCAGACUGUCGUUGGUAAGUACGUGUAAGUACGCGCCAGAGACGCGCUGUCUCCGUAUGUACGCCGGUAGGAUCGCCACAAUCUGCGUCACCAAUCAGGAAAUAUCCUAGUAGGGCUCUUUGCGCAAGGGGUAACUUGAUUAAUCGUUGUAUGCAGUUCUAGUCGGAUCUGAAAACCUCCAUCAGUGCCCGGGACGUUUAACUGCUCACGCCAUCUACGCUGCUAGUUUGCGCCCGUGGUGCUGUUACGCAAGCCUUUGCCGACUAGACCGCAGUUGGUAGCCAGGCCCCGUAUUGCAGGUGGCUGGGGUGGGGGGGAUUGCUUACUGGGGUUAUUUUUUGGAGCUCCACAAUCACAUCUGACCCAUCUGGUUUUCGUUUUACGUUUGAGGUUAGGAUUAGGGUACCGGUUAAUGGUUUCCGAUUUUCGGGUUAGAGUUAUGCCCUUUAGGCUUAGAUUUUCGGGUUACGGUUAGGGUUUGAGCUUAAGACUAGGUUUCAGUGUUACGGUUAGGUUUUUCAGUUACGGCUAUAUCUAAGGGCUACGGUCACGUUUACGAUUUCGGUUAGGGUUGCAGUUAGGGUUAACGAUUAACGUUUAAGGUUGAGGUUAGGGUUGGGGUUAGGGUCAAGGUUGGGAUUAGAGUUAAGGUUGCCGUCCGCCUCCCCAUUCUUGGCUAUCAACUGCGAUCUAGCCCCUUUUUGCCGAGCUCCUCCUCUGGUAGGAAAUAAGGAAGAAGAGACCAGAUUGCUUGCCGUCUGUAAUGCAGCACCAAAACUGACGAAGAUUUUGUCUACAUUGCCAAGAAGAUGACACUUCCGCGGGGAUCCAGGGUGGAGUUGGUAGGGUAUGGUGUCGGCGCAAACAACCUGUACCCCUUCCCACGCAAUCGCGACACCUUUCCAACCCUUGCUCUCCGUCAGCCGUCAAUAUAUUUCUAUGACACUUACUUGUAACUGUCGGCAACGCCACACUCCUCACUGAGUCUCUCGUGCCUAUACUGGAAUCAUCUCAUCCAGUUGGAUCACUUAAGAGUGCAUUCUCAGCUAUUAUUCACAUUCAUAUUGACCCAACUGUGGAAAACUCGGCGUCCCGGCGGGAUUCGAACCCACGCAGUUUGGAGGACUAAGUGAAAGUGUGCAUAAAGUUGGGUUUUCCCGUUGAGAACUCCGUUCUUCAUUCAGAUUAAGGUCAGUUCUUGUAAAGAGAAGGCAACUGAUAAAAAUGAGCCUUUGCUAUCGCUCGUAGAUACAGAACCGAGCUAUCCAGUGAGUCCGCUUGUGGGGGGGAUGAGGAGUUGUGGAAUGUUCCCAAGAGUCUGGCUUGCCACGAACACGGCAUGGAAAAAACUUGAUUAGUGAACAGUCCUGGUCCGGUAUCAAACAUAUUUCCACCGUGCUGGUGUGUUGGGAACCAAUGAGUCACAAACCAGGGCACCACCCAGACCUACUGAAGGUUACUCAUCACUGUAUGUGACCUUGAAAACGGUCGGCUUACGGACUGGAUCCUCCGCCCACAGACCGGGUGGGGGAGGAGGAAUUCACCUAUAAAUCAUUCUGUGGAUACCUCAUUAAUAUUCAGAAUGAGUGGAACAGGCUUCAAAGUACGGGAUUUGUUGUAGUGUAUGCUUUUUAACUCUAACUAGCGAGCUAAGUGUCAGGUAUGCAAGCUGUCGUCCCUCGAUAACGACAGGUCGACUGAGUUGCAUGCUGCAGCAUGCUCACUCGCCGACGAUGCGCAUUCAAACGGACAAUAGAAGUAAUAGCACUUUUCUUUUCGAAGUCCAGUUGUCUGGAUCAGAUAAAAGUACAGGGGUUUGACAUCGUCUCCGGCUGCACUAACUUCGGGCUAGUCAUCAACGUGGGUAAAACGGUGCUCAUGCACAAACUAGCACCAGAAAAGGGACACACGACAUCCGGUAUCAGCGUGAGUGAAAUACGACUGGCAUCCGUGGAGAAGUUCACCUACGUAGACAGCGUCAUCUCAAACAGCACCAGGAUAGACGACGAAGCGGCUCAGUGGAUCACUAAAACCAGUCAGGCUCUCGGCCGGCCCUGGACCUCCGUAUGGCAGUGCCAUGAACUUCGACACAACACGGAGCUCAAUUCCUGUGUCUUAACAUUAAUCCCAACCGUUCGAAUUGUGGCUCUCGUCCUUACCUACCUAACCCAAAGCCCAACACUGCCCUAACUCCCCCACUGGAGUUUAAGGCAAAACAGGAGAUCCAUAUUCACGUGUUCAACAAAUGAAUGAUCGCAACCGGAUACGACUUGGGCACGCCAGUCAGUGCAGUCGAUGGCCUCGGCAACUCCAGCCUCAGUCGCGCACACUUUAUGCCUGCGACAAUCGGCGUGGGAAAGGUUUAUUGGUCAAUACUGGCACGCAGCCCGGUGUCAUUCCCCUGACAGCAACCGACCGUCCCCGCCCCAACUCCAGCCUCUUUCUUCAGGCCAUCAAAGUCUUCCCGAUCGUCAUUUUUGGUUCCUAUUCUCUCUUUUUUGCGUAUCAUCCUCCUGGAUCUUUCCCUCCAGGUCUUUGUCGUUACUAACGCCUCCUGUGCCUUUCCUAGUGCAGACUUCCUUGCCGUUCUCGAUCUUCCGGUUGACUGCCGGCAGUCCCAUCUUUACCAUCCGACUACUACUCUUGCUGUCCGGAGUAUUCCUUCCUUUGAAGUGUCUCGCCAACUCUCCGUCUCAGAUGUCGACCCGGCUAGUCAAUUUCGGCGGCUCCUCGUCAAAUAAAUCGAUUCCACCCGUUCCGACUUCGAAGUCUCUUCCUCACCGCACGAUGCUCUUCAUCAACUUCUGUGUUUUCUUGGUCCCUCACUCGGCGCCCGAACGUCUGGCUGCCGCCAAGGUCGAGUUAAAGUACAUGCUUCCACUGGGCAUCUUCUGUCAGUCGGAAGGCUCCUGGACCUCGUCCCCAAGGCUAUCACUGCUGGCUGACGCCCCUGUGAUAAGUACUGGGCCUUGAAAAACAUUACUACCCGUCACCGCUACCCAGCUCCCCAGACCUAGAACCUUGCCUUACAUCAGACCCCCAUCACAUAGGAGGAGGAGGAGGUGGCGGUUUCGAAGACGGUCAUCACCACUCCCGUUGACCUCUCGAGUUGUCGUGUAUGCCGUUUGGACAGUGCAACAUCUCCCAAAGUUUACAGAGGUCCGUAAACCGAGUAAUUCAUGGCGUGCCAUUCGUCCACGCCCAUACUGAUGACCUCUUGGUGGCCAGCACUACCACUAAUAGACGUCUAAGGCAUCUUGCAACGGUGUUUGUCCGUAUUCAGCUACCUGACGUUGUUCUAUAAUUGACCAAAUGUGGCCUCGGCAUUCACUCCCUCGAACUUCUCAAGGGUCUAGUAGACCCAGUCGGCCUCCACACCAGCCGUGGAUUAACGUCCCCUUCCCCCCCCCCACUUGCCAGAUUUCAGACUCCGCGCUUCUUGUAAGUUGUCAGCGUCUACCAACACUUUCUCCCGAACUGUGCUGACAUCAUUCUGCAGCUGACAAACCUCCUCUCUGGUCGUAAUGAUUCAAUCGGGUUUUUCACAGACAUUUUCGCUGGUUCUGACAAGGUGAAUGCUGUCCUGACCUGCCAGACCCCGAUGCGCAUACCUCCUUCAUGACCGAUGCCUCCAAUGUCGCCGUUUGUGUGGUUCUUUAGCAACACCACGCCGAUCGAACCCAGAUCCUAGCCUGUUCUUCCAGAAUGUUGUAGUCCACCGAAUCGCGCUGCGACACAUUUAGAGGGGAGUUUCUGGUCGUCUAUUUUGCCGUAAUGCACUUUCGAUACUUUCCUGAGGGAUUCCUCAUCUCCACGCAACACAAGUCCUUCUUAUUUGCCCUCCAGCUCCAUUCGGGCAAAUCAAACCCCCGGAAGAUCCAUUUACUGGACUAUAUCUCCCAGUUCAAUUCCAAAAUCCAACCUAUCAACACACCACAGUUUGUGGUGGUUGACGCGCUGACUGGGCCCCGCAUUGCUUACUUUCAACUCUCCAUAUGGACUGACCUCAUAGCAGUGUAUGCUGAACAGCGCUGGGUCAACUCGCAUACGAGAAUUUUGGGGGCCCCCAACUCCAGGAUGUCCCGCCUAUUACCGAGCAUGAAGUCGUGCUGUGUGGUGUUUCUACUUCCUUUCAUCGCCUUUUUGUGCGCCAAUCCCUCAGCCAAACUGUCAUCGUUGUCCUUCACAAUCUCUCCGCCCUGGGAUCUCAAUUGCGACAAAACAAUGGCACAAGGGUUCGUCUGGACCGGCAUAUGGAGGGAUCUGGCGGGUUGGACAUGGACUUAUUUCGGCCUGUCGGCACAACCAUGGCCCGGCUGGUAUGUUCCCCACUCCAAACGCUCAGUUCAGUCAUUUUCACUUGGAUAUUGUUAUCCCACUCCCUCGGAACGACUGCCCCAAUGCGCUCACCCGCGUUGCUCGCUUCACCUCAUGGCUGAAUGCUGUUUCCCGGCCCAAAUGUGAAGGUAUCGAUCGUGAUCAAGACAUUCCCUCGUUAAUGGGACAGUUUACCGCCCGGCUGCAAACGGGGUGGUCGAGUAAUUUCAACGACAGUGAGGGCCCCUGUGUGGGCUGCUGAGGACCCUGUUUGUCAUCCGUCUCGUCCUCAAGUGGGAUCAUGGCUGCUCCACCGUUGAACUGGUGUUCGACGCCAUCCUACGACUCCCAAAUGAGACGUUUCCCCCAACCUUCCGAUGUGUCGAUGAAGAUCCUCGCAUCUUCGUGCACCACCAUCGACAAUUCAUGCACAAGCUGUCAAUGGUCCCACUGCAAAUUCCCUCGAUCGAGUCUUGUGUUGAAAAGGUUCUGCUGACUAUACUCAAUUCUUGAAGAAGAAGAAGAAGAAGAAGAAGAAGAAGAAGAAGAAGAAGAAGAAGAAGAAGAAGAAGAAGAAGACACGAUCGCCGGGACAAGAGCUUUAUUAG